AUGAGUCUAAUGCGUUCUUAUGUGAGAGCUAAAUAUGGAAUCUAUUUGGAUACCUCUAGUGAUAGUGAUGAAGAAGAGAAAGCUUUGCUAAUGUUUACACAACUAUAUUUGGAUGAACGAUUGCGUAUUAUUAGACAACCUAUACCAAAGGAGGAACAAACACGAUGUGUAAUAACGCGUGAUCGAGUGUGGCAUGAUGCCAAAAUGAUGAAUGAUUAUUUUACGCCUGGAACCGGUUAUACCUCUAGACAAUUCAAACAACGUCUAGGCAUGAGUGAAGACUUAUUCGAGAAAUUGUUAGGAAAAUUGCUUGAAGUGGACCAGGAAUGUCAUCAACAUCCGGAUGCAACCGGUACUAUGGGGCAUUCUCUGCAUAUGAAAUUAGUUGCGGUGAUGAAAUGUUUAUGCAAAAGUACGCCAGAUGAUAGUGUUGAUGAUUACACUCAUGUUCAGAGGUUGCUAGCUGAGAAUGCCGACCGAGGUUUUCCUGAAAUGCUUGGUAGUGUUGAUUGUAUGCAAUGGCCAUGGAAGAAUUGUCCGGUAGCUUGGAAAGGAACUUACCGAGGUAAAGAUAAAGAGAUUAGUUUGGUAUUAGAGGCGGUGGCAUCAUAUGAUUUGUGGUUUUGGCAUGCCUUUUUUGGAAUGCCUGGAUCAAACAACGAUUUGAAUGUGUUGGCACACUCACUCCUUUUUGAUAACAUGAUAAAGGGUGUAGCACCUCCAUGCAAUUAUGUCAUCAACGGUCACCAAUACAAUAUGGGUUACUUCUUAGCCGAUAGUAUCUAUCCAAAGUUGACUACAAUUGUACAAGCUUUUUCUCAGACACUGGACAUUACCGACUUUUUUAGGUUCAACAAGUAUCAAAUGGAUAAAAGAAAGGAUGUCGAGCGUGCUUUUGGAGUGCUUCAGGGUAAAUUCAGAAUUGUCGGAUAUCCCUGUAAGUAUUGGCACCAAUCUGACUUGAAUCUAAUUAUGAAAUGUUGUCUUAUUUUACACAACAUCAUUAUCGAGCAUGAGAGUCGGGAUAGGGAUUGGGGCAGGGUUGUUCCUGUUCCGCUUCCGGAAACUACUGUUAAUGGUCGUGUAUUUAUGUCAUCUCUGAAAAACCUAGAACUGCAUCUACAACUAAUAAAUGAUCUUGUCAAGCACAUUGCUGCGCGUCCUGGUAGAGGAGGCGCGGCAGGGGACUUGUCUAGUUUGGAGGAUGAGUUUCAACAAGAAGAUGAACAUGUUCAUGCAUAUGGACAUGUGGGAGACAAAUAUGAACAUGAUGGAGAUGGAGAUGAGGAUUCUGAAGAUGAGGAUGAUUAUGACGAUGAUGAGGACGAUGACGAUGAGGAGGCCGAUGUGGAGGACGAUUCUGACGAUGAGGAUGCCUACGAUGAUGCGAGUAUUUAUGAUGACGAUGAUGAUGUUGAGGCAUAA